AUAAGUUAAGAGUAGUGUUUGACUGCUCAGCUAAAUUUCGUGGUACCUCUUUGAAUGACACUUUGUUGACUGGUCCAGAUUUGAUUAACUCUUUAAUUGGAAUCCUUCUGCGUUUCAGAAAAGAAGCUGUUGCUAUUAUUUGUGACAUUGAAAGGAUGUUCCACCAGUUUUAUGUUUCAUCAAAGCAUCGUUGUUACCUCAGGUUUCUAUGGUGGGAGCAAGGAGAUUUGGAGAGCGAGCCUAAAGAAUUUCAGAUGAAAGUCCACCUUUUUGGUGCUGCCUCCUCUCCAGGCUGUGCUAAUUUUGGUCUAAAAUAUUUGGCACAUCAGCAGAGAUCAAAGUUUCCAUCUGCAGCAGCAUUUGUGGAGAAUAAUUUUUAUGUUGAUGAUGGAUUAAUAAGUGUCCCUACAACUAAUGAUGCCACCACACUAAUAACUGAAGCGCAGAAACUGUGCAAAGAAGGUGGUUUGAGACUCCACAAAUUUAAUUCCAAUAGGUCUGAAGUUCUAGACUGUGUGAAUCCAUCUGAGAGAGCCACAAGUGUGGUUUCUGCUGAUCUCAAGCCUGAUUUAACACUUACUGAACAUACUCUAGGUAUGCGAUGGCAUGUCAAAAGUGACUGUUUGGGCUUUUACAUUGAUCUGAGGGACAAACCUGAUACACGCCGUGGUAUUUUGUCAGUAAUAGCAUCUCUAUAUGAUCUGCUGGGAUUUAUUUCACCAUUCAUUAUGAAUGGGAAAUGUAUUUUACAAGAUCUGUGCCGCAGAAGUAUUGGAUGGGAUGACCCUCUGCCUGAAGACUUACUUGUACGGUGGGAGAAGUGGAAGUUUAGCCUUCAGGAUGUGAAAGGGUUAAUGAUACAAAGAUGUUAUCAUCCCCAAGGAUUUGGAAAAAUUGUUAAAACAGAACUAAAUCACUUCUCAGAUGCUAGCAGCCUAGCAUAUGGUGCAUGCUCUUACCUCAGAUUUGAGAAUGACAAAGGUGAAAUUCAUUGUGUUUUAAUCAUGGCUAAAGCCAGAGUUGCUCCUUUGAAAAUUACAACCAUUCCUCGUCUCGAGCUUACAGCUGCAGUGGUUGCUGCUAGGUUGAGCGUUCUGUUAAAAUCAGAACUUGAUAUGAAGAUAGACACUGAGUUUUUCUGGACAGAUUCACAAGUAGUGUUGUCAUAUAUUAAUAAUGAAGCACGACGGUUUCAUGUAUUUGUGGCAAAUCGGGUCCAGAUAAUUAGAGCGAACACAAAUCCAAAUCAAUGGAAUCAUGUUGACACCACUGAAAAUCCAGCAGAUCAUGCAUCAAGAGGGUUAUGUGCCUCUGAGAUUUUAACUACAAAUUGGCUAACAGAUCCUGAGUUUUUGUGGGUGGAAGAGAGAAUACCUCCAGAAUAUUUCCAUUUGACAAAAAUGGCAUGUAAUUCGGCACAAUCUAAAGGUAAAUGAUGUUGUAAUUGUUAAAGAAGAUUUUCUCCCAAGAAAUAGGUGGCAGUUGGGUCGUGUUGUGGAAACAAUGGUUGAUAGUGACGGCUUAGUUCGAAAAGUGAAGUUGAGAACAAAGAUCAGGAAGGGAUUUUAUCUCUAAGAGUUCAGUGAUACAAAGACCAGUGCAAACAUUGGUGGUGUUAUUAGAAAGUGACUUGUAAAAUGAAUGUUCACAGACAAGCAUGUUUUAAACAAUCUGCAUGGUUUUAAGGGACAUUUUGAAAUACUGCAUGAUUUUUUGGUAAUAGUUCAUGCAUUAUUGGUGGGAGUGUAACGGAUAGACUAAAGUAAAUUAAGAAUUUUCUAAAUUAAGUAUGACACAGAUUGUUUAUGGAUGUUUGUCUGUUUUGAUUAGUAUUUUUGUUGUUUUGUUUUGUUUGAUGGUAUUUGCACUUUGUAAUGUUUUGGGGUUUUGUUUUGUUGUUGUACCUCUUGGGCUGCCGUAAUUAAUGAGGGCUUUAAAAGCUGGUAGAAUCGUUGUGUCAAUCCAUGACUUGAACUGUCAAGCUGAGUAGCAUGAAGAAAUCAACACUUAGUGUUCCCCAGUGAAAGCAGCGAGUUUUUACGGUGACUGUGGUGACGAAUCACCCGAAGAAAAAUAAAAACGCUAAAUUCA